UUGGGUAGAAUUUUAACUGAAAAACUGGUGGUGAUUGCGUUAGAAUUUGUAAAUGUCAAUGGCAAAUGAAUCGAGUUGGGUUGGGAGGAAGCCAGUGAAACGCAUUGGGGGAAUGUCUGAUGCUCUAUCAAUUGCGGCCGAUCUCGGUUUCUCCGUGUCUCCUCCCCCAUCUCAGGAAGGACUUCAAAAUUCGUCCCCUGCAACUGGGGACAAGGGUGAGGACUUGAUCAGGGUUUUGAGAGAACUAACCACUGUCCAAAGAAAAAUUGCAGAUUUGCAAGUUGAACUUCAAGGUCGAAAGGAUGAUAAAAAUGUUGCACACUUGACUCAUGUGAGUGAAAUGGAAAAGAAGAUUGAGACAUUGGCAAGGAUUACCACUAUACUCAAAGAUGUUAUUCAGAAUAAGGAUCGCAUUAUAGCUCGCCUGCAGCAGCCAUAUUCCCUUGACUGCAUUCCUGUUGAAGCAGAAUAUCAGAAACAAUUCUCUGAACUAUUGAUGAAGGCGGCUAGUGAUUAUGGUGCCUUAACAGCAUCAGUGGCAGAUUUUCAGUGGAGUCAAAAUUUUAAGGAACCGCCUUCGGUUUGGGGGGAAAUGCUUCGACCCAUUCCUGUAGCAUUGGCAUCUUGCACUCGGUUCUUUGAAGCUAUGUCUGCCACAAGAGAGUCAUUUGCAACACUUCAGAAACUGAGAGUGGGCCAAUUUGAUUCCCCUUUACCUAGGACACCAGCCAGAGAUCCUUCCCAAAGAUUACCAGGAGUUUCUGAUUGUCUAACACCACCUCCAUGGAAAACUGAAACAAGCUUUGAUGACUUAGGUAUCAGAAACCAAAGGAGGCAAGAUUUAGAUCAGAAGGUGGAGGAUGUAGACAGCUAGGUAAAUGAGAUCUAGCAGGAUGUUACAAGCCAAGGAUCUUGUCCUGCCUUUCCUCGGUGAAAGAAGAGUGUGCAUAGAUAUCCAACGUACUCGGCGUUUCUGUUGUGUGAUAUAUAAUACUUUAAUUGUUUGUGCAGAUGAAUUAUUCUUCCUUUUUCAGAAUUAUAGUUUUUUGAGUCAUAGGAAUUCACGUGACAACUUGUGUGUGGACUCUCGUUGUUUACCACUGCUGAAACCUGAAAGGCUAGAAGUCAGGUUGAAUGACUACUGGCCAACACAUUAUACAUCCAUCACUCAACAC